GGCAUGGCAUCAGGUGCUACCACCUACCUGUGUCCAGAGUGUGGCCUCAGCUUUGGCUCGCAGCACCAGCUGCGCGCGCAUCGGGCCGCCGCACACGUGGCCGCUGAGCGUCAGACGGUGGUGCGCGAGCCGCCGGGCCGCGCGCCGCCCCACUCUAGACCCGACGAGCCGGUCCACUCGCACAGUUGGCCCCCGCACGAUCACCGGCCCGGCGAGCGUCUCGAACAGCGCCUCGAGCCGCUUAGAAUGGCAGCCGGGGAGAGGCUCGAACCGCGACUCGAGCCGCAGCGGCUCGGCGAGCGGCUCGAGCCGCGCCUCGAGCCGCGCCUCGAGCUGCCCGAGCGGCUGCCGUGGGAGCGUCCGCCGCUGCUCGGUGACCGGCGCGAGCCGCCGCUGCGGCUGCCGCUGCACCUGCUGCGACCGCAGCACGACCUCAGCCCGUUCCUGCCGCCGCUGGGCGGUCUUGGCAACGGCCGGGGUCUGCUGCCCGGUCUGCUGCCCGGUCUGCGCCGACACCUGACGCCCCCGGCGGCCAGCGCGGCGGCCGGCCUGCUCGACAGCCGCUCGCCGCUCGACCUGAGCACGGUGGACGGCACGCCGGGCACCUCUCCGCCAGCGGCCAGUCCCUCCGGCGAGCGGUCGGCGCCCUCGACACCGACACCCACGGAGGACGGCAAUCCAGUCACGUGCAAGUACUGCACGAGGAUGUUCGACUCUAUCGCGGCGCUCAUGGAUCACAUGCCCGUACACCAGGGUGACCGGCCGUUCCUCUGCGAAUGGUGCAAAAAGGGCUUCAAGUUCCGUCACCAUCUCAAAGACCACUCGCGAAUCCACACUGGCGAGCGCCCGUUCGAGUGUCGCACGUGCGGCAAGACGUUUGCGCGCUCGUCGAUACUGAAGACGCACACCAAGAUCCAUCGGCAGGAGGGUGGCAGGCGGUUCGACAUGGUCGGACCGUUCCCGUCGCCGGCGGCGCCCGAGCCGCCCGAGAUGCCGCUGCCGGGUACAACGCUGCCCGAGAUGGCGCCACUGCCGAUAGCUGAUGAGGGAGCUGCGCAGGCGCAGUGA